AUGUCUGCAAACCAAUUUGCGAGGGCUGCGAGCGCGGCCAAGCCCCUCAGCAGAUCUCUUGCCGCCGGCGCCACCCGCACCGGGUUAUGCGCUGCCGGCCGCCAAAGCUUCACCACCUCGGUAGUUCGGCGCACCGUUGCCGGAAAGGGGCAUAGCCCCCGGAUUGCUUCGGCAUGGUCGUUCUCGGGCGUUUUGGGUGUUGCCACCGCUGCCGGCAUGUUUGGAUGGGGCGUAUCCGAGCUUCGUCACCGGGGGUUUCCUGGCACCGUGCUGCUAGAUAGCGUAUUUCCCGAGCCCCGAUACGCAAACUUGCGAGAGAUGGAACUGGCGCUGGCUGAGAUCCGCGAUGAAUUUGGAAGCGAGGACAUUAUUUCAACGGACCCCGAUGACUUGCACGCGCAUGGCUAUUCGGAGUGGUCGUCGAGCAACCCCGAGGGGUUGCCAGUUGCGGUGGCAUACCCGCGCUCAACGGAGCAGGUCUCAACUAUUGCCCGCAUUUGCUAUAAGCAUCGCAUACCAAUCAUCCCCUAUUCCGGGGGCUCGAGUCUGGAGGGAAAUUUCUCUGCGCCUUAUGGAGGCAUCAGCGUCGAUUUUGCCUACAUGGAUAAGAUCAUCAAGUUCAACAAAGACGACAUGGACGUUGUCGUGCAGCCCAGCAUUGGAUGGCAGGACUUGAACGAACAGUUGUCUAAGCAGGGAAGUGGGCUCUUCUUCCCCAUAGACCCUGGCCCGAGUGCCAAAAUCGGCGGCAUGAUUGGUACCAAUUGCUCCGGCACCAAUGCUGUCAAAUACGGCACGAUGAAGGACUGGGUCAUUAACCUGACAGUGGUUCUGGCCGACGGAACCGUGAUUAAGACUAGACGGCGUCCCCGUAAAUCGUCGGCGGGAUACAACCUCAAUGGAUUGUUUGUCGGCUCCGAAGGGACCUUGGGAUUGGUGACAGAAGCAACACUCAAGCUUGCCGUUGUCCCUGAGGAAUUCUCGGUCGCCGUCGUCACUUUCCCCUCGAUUCGCGAUGCGGCGUCCGCGGCUGCCGAAGUCAUGCAAACCGGCAUCCCGGUGGCAGCAAUGGAAAUCAUGGACGAGGUGCAGAUGAAAGUUGUCAACAUGGGUGGCGCGACUUCUCCCCGGGUUUGGAAAGAACUCCCGACCCUAUUUUUCAAGUUCUCGGGGACCAAGGCUGGUGUGAAAGAUAACAUCAACCAGGUGCAAAAGAUCACCAAAUGGAACAAGGGCGGCAACUUUGAGUUUGCCAAGGACGCCAGAGAGCAGAAAUUGCUGUGGUCGGCUCGAAAGGAGUCGCUGUGGUCUAUGCUCGCCCUGCGCAAAGAGGGCGAGGAAGUCUGGAGCACUGACGUAGCAGUUCCGUUCAGCAGGCUUGCGGAUAUCAUCGAGAUCAGCAAAAAAGAGAUGGACGAUCUCGGCUUGUUUGCUAGCAUCUUGGGCCACGUUGGUGACGGGAACUUUCACGAGAGUAUCAUCUAUGAUCGACGCAACAAAACCGAAAGCGACAAGGUCGAAGUCUGUGUGAAGAACAUGGUGAAGAGGGCCCUGGAGAUGGAAGGUACCUGCACUGGCGAGCAUUCGAUCGGAUGGGGCAAGAAGGAGUCUUUGCUCUGGGAAGUUGGCCCCGACACUCUUGGGGUGAUGAGGGCUAUCAAGGCUGCACUCGACCCGCAUUGGAUAAUGAACCCAGGGAAGAUUUUCGACCGAAGGGCUUAG